AAAUGUAAACAACACUAUUUUAUAUGUGUUAUUGUUGUUAUUGUUGUUGUUGUUGUUCUUUUGUUAAGGUAGAGCAAAUUCUUCUGAAGGGGUUGAGGAUAUGCACAGAAAAAAAAAGAACCGAUCAGGAGAGGAUGGGUUGUAUUUGGGGGGCACUGUGCUGAAGGAGGAGUGCGUGUGUGAAAUGACUAGGAGGGGGAGUGAUGGCUUUACUGCUAUAUUUUCCAGGCACGACAAGAGAGCAGAUGGUGUCAGAAAUGAGUCGGUGUAACCGCGACAAUUAAACCAAGCACCUACAUGUGAUCACCCUUCUCGAAACCAAGGGGACGAUAAUACGGUCUAAUGGCAAGGGGGGUUGGUUUUUCAAGCGAAUAAUGGUAGUGGUGGUAAUAGUAGUCGUACAGCCAAAGAAGAGAGUGCAUGCUGACCAGUUCACGAUUUUCGAGAGCCUCUUUUGGACAAGUUGCAGACCACGUCUUUCUUUUUUUAUAAGUUGUUUUGCUUGUUGUUGUUGUUUUUUUUUCCAAACUACUCAGGAACAAAAGCGACCUUUUUUUUUCUUUUCUUUCCGUCCCUCAACUAACACACACACACGCACCCCUUCUUUUUCUUGUUGUUCUCUUUCUUGUCUUUUUGCCACAUUGUCCUUUUUGUUUCCCUUCCUUUAAACAAAAAGGCAUCUGUGCACACACCUUUUUCCCAACUGUCCAGCUUGAUCGAAUUACACACCACAGCAGCCAUGACCGCUACCGAAGAGGAGCCCCCGGGCACAGAGCCAGCAGUAGCAGCAGCAGCAGCAGCAGCAGC